AUGGAAACUCCAGCUGUCGAACACGAUCCUCCAUCUGUGCCCGCCUCGCCUUCACCAAAGCGCUUUAAAUCAGUCGUCGCAUCGCCAGCGCCAGCGCCAGCACCAGAAUCCAUGUCCACCGCCGCUACUCAUCUCCCUCCAAUGAACCUCGAACCUCCGCCGCCAGCCCUCCAGAUCAAGCUCCUCUCGGCGACAGCACGCGCUCCCACUCGCGGCAGUGAAUUUGCUGCCGGCUACGAUCUCUAUGCAUCAAAGAGCACCACUGUGCCAGCCAGAGGAAGAGUACUUGCCGACACUGACAUCUCAAUUGCUGUACCUGCCGACACCUAUGGCAGAGUAGCCCCUCGCUCUGGACUUGCCGCAAAACACUCGAUCGAUGUCGGUGCUGGUGUCAUUGAUGCUGACUACCGCGGUCCGCUCAAGGUCCUGCUGUUCAACCUUGGCGAGACCGACUUUGCCAUCAAUGAAGGCGACAGAAUUGCACAGCUGAUCAUCGAGAGGAUCUACACACCCGAGGUCCUUGUGGUCGAGCAGCUCCCCAAAAGCGUACGUGGUGCUGGCGGCUUUGGCUCGACUGGCGGCUUUGCCAACAUGAUCCCUCCUAUUGGAGUUAUGGGAACCGGCGUAUGGGAAAAAGCAGGAGUUGCAGAAGUGUGA